AUGCUUUGCAACAAAUAUUUGCGUUUUGCGACAAACCAGCUGCAUCAUGUCAUAGACAUCAAUCAAAGUAAUUCAGAAGUGCAUAUAAUUGGAGGAUAUGAGGGAGAAGUUGUCAAACUUAUACUUCAAUACUUUGCUCCAAAGCACAAAAUUCUAGUUCCUGAAGAUAACGAAUGGGGUAGAAUAAAUAAGAACGGAAGUUGGACUGGACUUAUUGGAAUGCUACAAAGAAAUGAAGCAGAUUUUGCCAUUUCUAGUGUUUCGGUAACUGAAGAGAGAUCUUUUGCGGUUGAUUUCAGUGUUCCUUACGUUAUUGAAAAAUAUCUUUUUGUCACUAGGGCGCCUGGAACACUUCCUAGAUACAUUUCCAUACUUUCACCCUUUUCCAAAACGUUAUGGAUAAUCAUACUUUUAACUGUUUUAGCUAUUUACAUUGUAGUGCGUCUGUUCUUCAUUAAAGAAGUUUCAUUUUUCAAACUGUUUGAACUGCUUCAAAUGAAAGCCACCAGAUUAAAAUUAGGAGAAAGUUACGGCAUAAGUAAACGAGUUUUGUGUGCAUCUAUUUUAUUUGCUUUGAUUAUAUUGACUUUUUCAUACGAAGGAGUCCUUUUAACCAUGCUUGCAAUACCGGAGAGUGAAACAGGAAUUCGUUCAAUUGCUGACCUUUCCAAAGCAGUGCAAACCAGGUCUUAUAAAUGCUAUACUUUUCAAGGCCUAUCUGUCAUGGAAAUGUUCAGCAACACGAAAGAUAUUUCUGUGCAAAAUCUGGGAAAAGCAAUCCAGGAAAAUAAAUGGUUUAUUCCACAUACCACGACUGAAGUUGGAAACAAAAUAUUCCACGAAAAAGCAGCAGUCAUCUUCGUAGAAGAAUGGUUUAAGCUCUUUCAUUCUGAGAGCAUUUUAAUGUCGGAUGAUGUUUUUGAUAUCACCCCACUUAGCGUGGCAAUGACGAAACGAUUUCCUUGCGCUCAAAAGCUAAACCAAGUGGUUUAUAGACUCAUUGAAUGUGGAAUUUUUCAAAAAUUCAAAACCCAAUAUUUUUUCGAGCAUUCUGUUCGAAAUGCUGAUCGUGAGGCAAACAUGAAAUUGUCGUUGUCUAUAAUCGACUUCAAGGAAGUUUUCUUAGUUCUAGUUUGUGGUUACAUCUCAUCACUCGUUGUAUUCAUCUGCGAAAUUACACAGAGCAAAUUCAAGAAACUUGUUCUCCGAAUGCUACCUUUGCGACACAUCUUUAGAAAAGUUGGAGAAUUGCAAGAUAUUCCAUGA